AUGGCCCUUGUUGCUGUGAUGAAAGCCCAGCUAGCUGUGAUGGAGGCCAAGGUAGCAGUGAUGGGAGCCCAGCUAGCAAUGGUGGUGGCCUAUCUAGCCGUGAUGGAAGCCAAGCUAUCAGUGGUAGAGGCCCAGGUAGCAGUGGUGGAGGCUCAGCUAGCAGUGGUGGAAUCCCAACUAGCCGUGGGGGGAAGCCUAGCUACCAAUGGUGGUGGCCUAGCUAGCAGUGGUGGAGGGCCAGGUAGCAAGGGUGGAGGGCCAGGUAGCAAGGGUGGAGGCCCAACAAGCUGUGGUGUGGGCCCAGCUAGCAGUGGUGGAAGCCCAGCUAGCAGUGAUGCAAGCCCAGGUAGCAAUGGUGGAGGCCCAGAUAGCAGUGGUGGAAGCCCGGCUAGCUGUAGUGGAGGCCCAGCUAGCAGUAGUGGUAGCCCAGCUAGCUCUGGUUGUAGCCAGGGUAGCUGUGGUUGUCGCCCCUACAGAAGGUUUGAAUAAAGAACCUGCGGCCCAGGAUUUACUCCAACAUCACCAGCCAGGAGCAGUAUCAUCAAGAGAUGAGCGAUUCCCAUAA